CUCUCAGCUGGUGCCUCAUCUCCCUAAAAGGCCGGCCUUGAGUUCUUGACACCUGUCAGUCGAACCAGACUAAGUUUCCGAAAGCCUCUCUGGAGCACAUCGGGGCAAAGACUUUUCGUCCCAGUUUACGAGAAUUCGAAAAUGGCAGACACUAGCAAGUCCCACUGUUUCACCAGUCAUUCGAACAGUUUUGCGCCGGCAGCGUCAACGGCACUUGAGCCGCUGGUCGGACACAGCACGGGCAACAUGAAGUAAGCGUUGACGACACUGCGUGACUGCUUAGGUCUUUGAGUUUCGCUCACAAUCAUAGACAGGAUGCCAAUCAAGCAGCGCGUCGGGCCCGCCGAACGCGCCAAAGACAUCGAAUGGCUGGCAGUCACGAUGUGGCACGUCAACGACACCUAGACCAGCCUACGCAACGCCCCGGGAAAAUGCCACCGUCGCUAGAUUGGGACAUUGACGGAACUCCAAUCGAGAAAUGCAUGUUCCAUCAUGUUCGCCGGGUUACCAUACCUGGAUUCCAAAACUUGGCACUGAUGACCAAGCUUUGGAACAACUACAUCAUACCUCUGGGUUACUAUUCAGAUUCCGUCAAACAUGCUUUGGUGGCCCUUGGUUUGUCGCAUAGAGCUUUCCUUGAUGGGUACUCGCAUGCUAGCAAAGUGACGGAACAUCAAGAUUUCGCCAGUCUGGCCUUGUGCUACUAUGGCAAGGCUCUAAAGUCAACCAUAGCGGACAGAGAGUCUCUUUCUACUACGUCCGUUAGGACUUCCCUUGUCUCUUGCCUUGUCUUCGUUUGUUUCGAAGUAAUAGAGGGGCGGUAUGACAAAGCAAUACAGCAUUUGCGGGGUGGUUGUAAGAUUCUUGGCUCUCUUCGAGAGGCAGCAGAGAGUCUUGAAAUGAACGGAGUUGAAGGCUUGUCCCCUUCACAGUUAUGUCUCGCGGAGACAGCCAACGAGUACUUUGAUCAACUCUCCGAUAUUGCCACCAUGUUCUCAUGUAUUGGGAUUGACACGGCCUAUCUGCUCGAGACAGAGGUCACCCCUAAUCUGGACUUCUUCUUACGGCCUCCAGAUAAACCAGAGGCAUCUGAACAUGAUCCUUUCAAAACCUUGGAUGAAGCACGACUCGAGCUUCAUCGUGUUGAGAAGUCAUUGGGUUCUAUCAUGGGCUUCAAUUUUCGCCAGAGUUCGCCACUUUCUUGGACGUCUGUUCUGGAUCUGCCCGGCGACAUGUCUCCGUUCGAAGAUGAGUCGUUCGCGGCUUGGACAAAGGCACGGAAUCAAUUGGACAAGUGGAGCGCCAGAGUUGAUUUGAGCAUCAAGAUAUGGCAGUCUGAUCCAUUGUCUUCUGCAGAGGCUUUGAGAGAGGCGCAAAUAUUGACAUUUAUCCAAAAUGAUUGGGAGAUGAUCAUUAAGCACUGCGAAACUUCCGCUAUUGAAACCGUAGCUCCAGCUGUCUGGAGAAAUAUGCUUGACAGAGCUGAAGCCUUUUGCCCGUCCGGGAAAGAAACUUCACAGCAGCUACCGCAUUUUGCCGUUGCUGCAGAUACGAUUCCACCGCUAGUUGUGGUUGCGGUUUUCUCAGGAGAGCCUGAGUUACAGUCGAGGGCUAUUUCAUUGCUCUACUCUAUGAAGCGGAGAGAAGGCAUGUGGGAUAGCCGCGAGAUUGCCAGUAUAUUGGAGUCGAUCAACGCCGUCCGAGAGAGUGAUCUCUGGGACAAGGAAUAUGAGACAGCUUCGCUUCCGGCUCUGGCAAAGAAGGUAAUGUCUCGACAUCUUUGUUGUAGAGACGAGCAUAUGCCCCUGGCAACUCUGAUGAAUCAAGGGUUCGUGUGAGCAUGGAAGAGCGUUUCCGAUAUCAAAAACACCAUUGAAGAAGUGUACCUAUCUUAGAUGGAACGGAGCCUUUACCAAAAGUGCGUCCCGGUUCCAUGGCCACGGUUUCUUUCCUAGAAGGUGGUGCAACGCUGGAUCUUCACGCCCUGUUCUAAAAUCGGCUAUGUUGGUGCCGUACGAAGCAAAGGAUAGCGGCUCAUGUAACCGGAUCUAUGGU